AUUCUAUUGGAAUUCAAUGAACAGCUGGAAGGUGUUUCUCAUGGAAUGGGUAAGCGAAGUCGAUUGCCAGACUAUCAACUCAAUGUAGCCGAAUCAAACACAGAAACUGAAGAUCUUCCAGAGCAGGCUGUAAAAUUCCAGGCUACUGAACUCGUGCGUCGUUUACAUUCAAUCAUGACUCCUUAUGAACUUGGCAAAAAAUGGAUGUUAUUAGUAAUCGCUACUGGAACUGAAGAGAAUGAAUUUAACAGCUUGAAGUAUGCAACCUUUGGAGUGUUAGCCAUUGCUCGACUUCCGAUACACUCAAGAGAACCCGAAUCUCUUCUCGUCCCGGGAAAGCCUCUGUUAAACAGGAAAGGCCACACGUACGCUGCAAAAUGGUUAUGGAAUAGACUAUUGGCUGGACCAACGUACAACUUUUCGAACGUGGUGUUUUCUGAGGAUUCCUACUUCUGCCCAUCAGUGGUAAGUAGAAUAUUUGAUGCAGGAAAUGAGGAAGGUUCAAAGUUCCUCUUCCACCGCUCCAGCCCAAAAUAUGUUGGUAUUGUCCACUUUUGUGCGUUUGUUCCGUGA